CGGUGGAGGAGUGGGGAUGUGACAAACAUUUCUCCUCAGCCAUUCCCAUUCAUCAAGAACGAGAGCUCGUGCGCGCCAGGCGGUGCACCGUAGGCUACGUUCCACCAGCUGAGACUCUAGCCGCACAUUGUUUCGGAUGAUGUCACUCCUUUUUUUUUGAGCAGUUGUCUUGAACCAGGAGGACGCCGUUGUUUUGCGGUGACAGAUACGGUUGGGUGGGAAGGAUAUAUCUUAUUGCACGGACAAUCGAGGAAAGGCGAAACGACUUGACUCAGACCCUGGUUUGUGUGAUGAGGUUCACACCGCCCGCCACUGAUGCCUGCGAACUCGACUGCUGCACCAUCUACUAUAAUAAUGGCUACGAAGUCUACUAUAUUUGCGCUGUUGUUGAAAUAAGGUAUAUUUCACCACACAGCUGACAAGCCGAAAGUGAACCUUAAACAUUGCUGAUCUCUAAAUAUAGAUAGAUGUUAAAUGCAAACCUUGUUUGCCGUAUCUUCGACAGUGGAUGGAUGACUUCUCCGGAUUCGAACACUCGCGUAUUCAUCCUCCCAGCUGUGCUCUUUUGACAGCUGUUUUUUUUAGCAUCUCAAUUGACAGGGUAUUUGUCUCUGUUUAUGCGAAAGCAGAUGAUAGCGUUGUGAAACUAAGGGUAACCACCGUUUGGCUUUCAUAAUCUCUAAUUUGUCUUGUUUGGGAAUGGAACUGGGCCGUGUUCAACAGUUCUGUAAAUGGCUAGCUCGAUCUAGCUAGCACGCUAACAUCGAUACCAUCCGGAUCAAGUAACGUUAUGUCAGUGCCGGUGCUAGUUAAAACAAAAAAGCGAAAAAUGAAUAUUUGACUUUUCGAUGCCUUCACAUUUGAUACUUUUCUAAAAUAACGUGAAUCUAUUUAACCUUGGCUUUUGAGCGGAAAUAACUACUGGACUGGAUUUUUUGGGGGGUGAGGCCGGAGCAUGACAAACAUUCGAUACAUCAUCCUUCCAUCGCGGUGCCCUGUCAAGUCCAAUAAACCGCCGUGUGAGUAGAAAUUCCGGGAAGCUCACAUCAGCAGAACAUUAUUCAUCGGACGCUCCUUCUUGGGUGUCUGGGCUAGAGGUCUAACUAUCCCCAGAGCAAUAACGUCGGAGGUAGACGAAGGACGUUGUCUUCCCAUCUCAGGAUUAAACCAUGGCCAAUGAACCGGUCAUCCUUAAUGUGUAUGAUAUGUACUGGAUCAACGAGUACACUUCCACAUUGGGUGUCGGAGUGUAUCACUCAGGCAUAGAGAUCUACGGCCGAGAGUUUGCAUACGGGGGACACCCAUACCCAUUCAGUGGCAUAUUUGAAAUAAACCCCGGAAACGCCACCGAGUUAGGAGAGACCUUCAAGUUCAAGGAGGCUAUCGCUUUGGGCACUACUGACUUUGCAGAGGAGGAUAUGGAUAAAAUAAUGGAGGAACUGGGCAGGGAUUUCAAGGGCAACGCCUACCAUCUGAUGCACAAGAACUGUAACCACUUCUCAUCCUCCCUGUCUGAGCUGCUGUGCGGACGGGAGAUCCCGCGGUGGGUGAACCGGCUGGCCUACUUCAGCUCCUGCGUGCCCUUUCUCCAGACCUGCCUCCCCAAGGAGUGGCUGACCCCCGCUGCCCUCCAGAGCCACAUCAGCAUGGGGCUCCACAAGGAGGAGCAGGCUGGCGAUUCCAGCGACGAGGACCCCAACUCGCCGUCAGGGCCCAGCGGGGCCGGGGCCGGCAGUGGGCCCUCACACAGCUGUCGCCACACACGGGUCUGAAGUGAACCUGAUGACAUGUGGGUCUGAGGAGCAGCCAAUGGGACACACACACUCUCUCUCUCCAUGACCUCUGACCUCUGGGCCAGAGAGUCAAUAUGGUAGAAGGUCUGACUGCGUAACCACCUGACCUCAUAGUAUCAUCUCUGAGAAGAGAAACGGGUGACAAGUUAACCGACUAGUGCUAACUAAAUAGAGCUGCUGGGUCACAGGACCUGCGAAACCCACAGAUCCUUGGAUCCUUUCUCUGGCUCUGUUCCCUUGAGGUUUUGGUAGAUUCAUUCUGGGGGAUUUGUUCUAGUUUUGUUGCCAGACUAACUCCGAGCAUGGCUCUCUUUCAGACUCAACACAGCUACAGUUUUACACUGUACACCUGGGAAACCUUUGAGUAUUUGUCUUUUUUCAGAAACUUUUAAACCUUCGCCAGCCUUCAUCCCAGAUUCCCCCCAGAGCUGCUGCUUCUGUAGACUAAAUGUAUAUCUGCCCCUAGAGCCAGGAUGUUAACAGUAUAGCGAUACCUGCAAGUAUCACAACAAGGAAAAUGAAGACAAAGCAUAUUUAACAAUUUUUUCUUAUUAUUAUUUUGGUGUGGUUGGUUUUUGUCUUUGCAUUGUAUUGGAAUACUGCUAAUCUGAUCCCAUAGAGAUGCACUCCAUCUGACUUUUGUCACAAAUGGAACCCUAUUUCUUAUGUAGUGCACUACUUUUGACCAGGACCAUAGGGCUCUUUAGGGAAUAGUGUGCCAUUUGGGUCUAAGUGUCUCUGUUUGAAACUACUGGCUGUAGUGGCUUUAGCACGAUGUUACCCUCUGCUCGUCUCAAGAGGUAUUUAUUCAAUAACCUCCUUGCUUGGCCUUCAGUUGCAUUUCUUUGUUUUGUUUGUUGACGUUGACCUUUGGCCAUUUUAGACGUCUUAGGAGCAGAGCCAUACAUGACCCAAAUACGUGGUCUGUUAAGGAGUACCUACUAUUGGGAUAUAUUACCCUCGGACAUUCCUGUUCAAUGUCAUUUUUAACCGGAAACGAUGUGCCAAGAGCAAACGAGUCAACGAAAACAAAAACACAUCUUCAUUGGUGUUGGAUUAUAUUCAUUUUAAUGAUGAAAUUUGAUACUCGAAUUAGUAUUUGGGUGUCCAUUUUAUGGUCCUAAGACUUUGUCUGCCCACUGUAUAUUUUGCAGUUUACUACCAUCAUGUGUAUUAAAUACCAUUUUCAGCAUUUACAUACUUCCUCAAUGGAAAACAUUUAGUCCUUCAUUGGAAGAUGAAACGGAAGCCUGAUCAAGACAGCGCAGCUGUGAAAAUGAAACGAAAACCUGAUGAAGACGGUGCAGCUGUGAAAAUGAAACGGAAACCUGAUCAAGACGGCGCAGCUGUGAAAAUGAAACGGAAACCUGAUGAAGACGGCGCAGCUGUGAAAAUGAAACGGAAACUUGAUGAAGACGGUGCAGCUGUGAAAAAGAAACUUGCACCAUGGUCCAGCAGCAGAUGUUGAAUCACAGGCCUUUGUUGACACUUAUUGAAACUCCAACUGUCUGGGCAUUGUGUGAAGGAACAAAAGCUUUGUUUGGUGUGGGUGUGUCCCUGAAUUUGACGUCCUGCAGGUCAUGUCCUGAACUUCAAGUUCUACUCAAUUACUGUUCGAUCAAAAUAAAAAAUAAAACAGUGCUGCUUCCAGAACAGGCAGACACAACGCUACGAGGUCAUCCUUCUUCCGGACCAGGCAGACACAACGCAACAAGGUCAUCCUUCUUCCGGACCAGGCAGACAGACACAACGCAACAAGGUCAUCCUUCUUCCAGACCAGGCAGACACAACGCUACAAGGUUAUCCCUCUUUCCCACAGCCCUACUGCAAGUAUUCCAUGUCUUUUGUCGGAGAAGAAAAGUGGUUUCACCGUGCCUCCUGGCUCUACUGUAUGUCUUCCUCCGUCUCUCCAUCCUUUGAUCCCCAGCCCCCUCUCAGGAAGGACAUUGCAUGUCCUAAGUUUGUUACACACGAUUCAUUACACACUUCAUGACCGGGCAAACAAGGAAAAAUAAAUUAUAUUUAUUUGUUUAUACUUAUAUUUUUAAAUAAUCUAUAUUUUUAUUUCUUUUUAUUUGUAGUGUCAUUUAACUACUUUAUUUUGCAUUAUCAGGCUGAUUUUGUUUUGUUGGAAUUUAUUUCCAUGCUUACCAUUGAAAGCACUUUUUACAGAGAUCAGUCUGAUACAGUUUUCUAUUGUAUUGUGUCAAUUUUAACCUCAAUUGGUAUGUGCUUUUUCUGAAUUGAAAAACAAUGCCACAAUUUUAAGAAUGGAAAUAGAAAAUAAAGAUUCAAAUAAUAACAGUAACUGUCCAGUCCUUGAGUCUGUGUUGCAUUGCAUGUAAUAAAGCCACGUAGUCUAAAUUCAAAAGCGGUAAUUGUGAGGGAAAUCAUCUGCUAUGUUUUUUGUGUUUGUUUUUUUUUAGGACUAAAAAUAUUAUAUAAACAUUAACAAUCCACAUUUAAGGUUUUACAUUAUCGGCCACAAAAAUAACAGAACAAAUAUCAAAACAACAUGUAAAG